AUGGACGAGGACAGCAGCUGUAGCAGCAGCAGCGGUAGCGGUAGCGACAAACCCAAAACCCACUCGAAGUCAACAUCCACCGAGGACUCGCUUGGCGUCAGCACAACAUCAUCCACAUGGACCAUUCUGCCAUCGGAUAGGAUCGAGGCGGUGAUGGACAAGCUCAACAGCAAUGAGGAGGAGGAGCCCAAAGAUCCAGGGGAGUUCCAGAGCGGCGAUCCCGAAGAUAAGCAUGAAAACGACAGAUGCAACCUGGCCGUGGUAGAUGACUCCCAGGCGGAUGAUAUUUCCGAUGGCAUUUCCAUCAUCAGUGACUGCGAGAGCACCGAUCGCAUUUCACCCCAUCCCUUUCUGCGCGACACCCUGGCCGACCUGAACUUCAACGAGCUGCUCAACACCCCCCUAAGGCUUAGUCCCAGAGAUAUGCUGCCGCCGUUGCCACCACCGCCGCCACCACCGCACAGGCAGCGACGCCACAAGCAUACCGAAACGGAGCCGUAUGUGGAGCCAGAGUUGAAUUUAUUGCAGCAAGAAACGAAGCUUGAGGCCCUAUAUCGUAUGUAUCCGUUGAUGCAGAACGGCCUGACGGCCGUCUUCUAUGUGGCCGCCACCCUGGCCAUACUGGGCUUCAUCGGCAGGCUGCAGCAUCCCGAGUGGCCGGGCCUGGGCAACGACAAACCCAUUGCCGAGCUGGAGCGCCGACUGGGCGAGCUGGAGAUGUCGAACAACCUGAUGCGUGCCGAGAUCGAUAUAAUGUCCAAGCAACUGCAGUACCUAAGCUCCGGUCAGGGUCCGGCCUAUGCCCCAGAUGGUGGCAUGUACUACAGCAAUGCCUUUGCCCAGGACCAAGACCAGGGGGGCAUGGGAAAGCGCCAGGGCAAACAGUACAAGAAAUUCAAAGCCUGGCCGGGACUUGGCAACUCCAUGGAGCCGUUGGACAUAACAAAGGAGGAUCUGAAAAAGCCGCACAAAUGCCGCGAUGGGCAGUAUGUGCAGGUUGCCUCCAUGUGCUUGGAAAGCCCGCUGUCGGCUCCCGAAUCUCUGGCUGAUGAGAUCGGUGAAGCUGUCCACGAUGUGCUGCAACAGUCUCAAACCUUUCGCAAUUUUGAAAAGGUCACCGAGAAACUAGGCACACUAGGCACUGGCGGCGUCGAGGGCGAUGAGGGCGACGCCAGUACUACAAACGAAGCAAGGGCAUUCCAUCCAGAUGGUAGACAACAAACAACAGGCAAUGGCAAUCCCAAUAAACAACCCAACAAACCCAAGGUGGAUCGGUACAAUGACAAGUACUCGCCGAAUGCCUCCAAAGAUCGCUACAAUGACAAGUACAAUCCGAAUCACUCGCACGAGGCCAAGCGGGAUAAUAGUCGCGGCAGGAGCAAGGAGGACGACCAUUCAAAGGAGCAAAACAACAACAACAAGAGGCGUUACAACGAUGAUGCCUCCAUGAAGCGUGAGCGCUUCAACAAGAACGGCAAGAAGCAGCGCCACCAUGCCAACAGCGGCGAGCGUGACGAGAGCGAUGGCAGCGGCGAGUGGCAUGAGAAGAGGAUGCAGCAACGCGAGCAGAGUCGCCACAAGCAUGACCAGAAGCGCAAGGACAACAGCAACUGGUAUAUUGAGCGCGGCGAUGGCCGCGAACAGGCGCGCUCCAGCGAGGCGGGACGCUGA